CCCCAUCGUUAACGGCGUCAUAUUCACGUUUCGGAUUUCAUUGUCAAAUCACGGCGGAGCUGCAAUCGAUUCACAACUGCGAGGGAUAAUUAAUUUACAGCUCCGAUUAGCGGACGCUCGAACUUGACGGCGGCGAAGAAGCUUUAGCAACACAGGGGGAGACAAAGAUGGUGAACAUGACGACUUUUUUCGGGAUGUCAUUGGGCGCUUUUGUGUUCUGGCAAUCAAUGGAUAAAGUUCAUGUUUGGAUCGCUCUUCACCAGGACGAGAAGCAAGAAAGAAUGGAGAAGGAGGCAGAGAUCAAGAGGGUGAGAGAACAGCUGCUACAAGAAAACAAAGAAAGAGACCCUAUUGCAUAAUUAAAGCUUGGUAAUUCAUGUUGGGACAUUGAAUGCAUUUUCCCUGAAUUUGUUCUUGUUGUAUUUUCAUGGUUCUUAAGAUACACAUGUUUUGUCUUGAUUAAUAACGAAUGAAUGUCAUUACAAUUGGUGCUGUUGAGUCCCAACUCCCAAAAGCAUCCUCAAGAUUUUUUAUUGAUUCAUCAUUUUCUAUA